GCCAGCCAACUUUUCGAAGACUUUGGAAUCGUCCCAAGUCGUUUCACUCGAACACUCGAAAUGCGUUACUCAACUACCACUCUACUAGCUUUACUCUCCAGCACCGCUUCUGCAAUUGUUGGAGACUGGCAACAAUGUGGCGGGGUUAGCUGGACAGGACAGACAGAAUGCAACCCAGGCGCUGGCUGCGUUGUGAUCAAUGACUACUACUCCCAGUGUCAGCCUGGCGCAGCCCCUACUCCAAAACCACAGCCCCAACCCGAACCUCAACCAGCGCCCACCGAAGCGACUACAGGAGGUACACCGACCGUGACCAGUGCACCAGCAGGCACUGGCCCGGGCAAAACUCUACAAAGCGGCUACUAUUGGAUCCGUGCUGUAACAGCACCCAACUUCCAUAAAUACAUCCAGACCAAACCCCUCUAUGCUACCGGUCCCGCUCUCCUCGGCGACUACACGACUGCCGGUCAAUUCCAAGUCGUCGACGGGCAACUCGUGCAACUUGUCUCUGGUCCCGGAGAGCCCGUCAAGCUCCUCUAUGGCGUUGUGUCUGAGACGCGGUACAUCAACGACAACUCGCUCUCAGUCACCUUCUCCGAGACAAAGAACACAUACGGGAAGUUUGCCUGGGGUGGCGAUGACUUGCAGUGGAGUGUUGCGGGUGUCAAUCGACCGAAUAAGUCAGCGUGGUACGUGUGUACCGGCCAGAAACUGUAUAUCAAUUUGGGUAACUACUUGCAUCUGACACCGGCUGGGUGUGCGGAUCAGACGAUCCAUUAUUACAAUGACAAGACGGCGAAUAAUUAGGGGCUAAAGGGGAGGAACUGUGCAAGGUGGUGUAGUGAGUGUUGUACGAAACAGUCAUCAUCAUCGUUGCGGCUAUACCAGGACCGAUAUUCCUCGUCCCUUCUCUCCACUCUUCGUGAUCCGCUUGAUCCGCAACUGCGCACUUCUUGGGGCACUUGACGCGACAGCAUUCCGUGAUUGUUCCGCGUUUCCGAGGCCUGUUGAGAGACUGCCAAUGGUUUAGAGGCAGCCUAGAUGGAUUCGAAGCAUUGUAGAGAAAGACCUCCACUGCUUUAGAGAUGAACUAGAUGAACUUAACAUAUGGAUGAACUGCGACUUGACAGUGCAGUUGACGCGGUCACUUCUCAAAAUGGAGAUUCAGUGCGACUAUCAU